AGACACGGCCGGAGCGGCUGCCCUCCUCUUCCUGUUCUGAUUGGCUGAGGCUCAGAUCACGUGGGGAGAGCAAAGCGAGCUGCUGCCGCGGAAGGGGCGGGGCUUGGAGCUGGAGGACCGGAGGAAGCUCCUGAGAGUCCGCGAGGGUGCUGGGAGUCACAGACCGUGGCGUGGUGGGACUAUAGAUUCAGGCUGGGAGGAGCUGGCGUGGCCCGGCGCAGAGCCGCAGCUUUGUCAUCCAUGCAGUGGGGAUGAGACCCUCCCAUCCCCGUUCCCGCCCCCGGACAUAGAGCUGGGAAAAGCGCUCCGUGAGCCCCCUUAGAAACGCUAGUUCUUGAGAAGGGCCGCCCCCCUUAGCCUUUCCCAGAGUCUCCCCGCCGAGACUGGGGCAGCGUGACGGGGUGUGGAUCCUGGCCUGGCCCAGAAGAUGCUGUGGCCAUGUGUCCUGGGCCCGGGAAUUGGAGUCUUGCUGCUACUUGGCAUGACAGGUGCGGUGGAGAUCGUGGUCCCCGAUGACCCGGUGGUGGCCAUGGUGGGAUUGGACGCCACCUUACCUUGCUCCUUCCUGCCCGGGCCCAACUUCAGCCUGGCCCAGCUCAGCCUCAUCUGGCAGCUGACGGACACCAAGCGGCUGGUGCACAGCUUCAGCCAGGGCCAGGACCAGCUGGCUGACCAGGGCGGCUUCUACGCCAACCGCACCGCCCUCUUCUACGACCAGCUGGCGCAGGGCAACGUCUCCCUCCUGCUGCGCCGGGUGCGCAUCGCCGACGAGGGCAGCUUCACCUGCUUCGUGCAGGUCCAGCACUAUGGCAGCGCCGCCGUCAGCCUGCAGGUGGCUGCACCCUACUCCAAGCCCAGCAUGUCCCUGGAGCCCAGUAAGGACCUGAAGCCAGGAGACACAGUGACCAUCACUUGCUCCAGCUACGGUGGCUACCCCGAGGCUGAGGUGGUCUGGCGGGACGAUAUGGGGGGAGUUCUGACGGGCAAUGUGACUACCUCCCAUCUGGCUAACUCCGAGGGCCUUUUUGAUGUGCUCAGUGUGCUGAGGGUCACCCUGGGGGCCAAUGGCACUUACAACUGCCUGGUGAGGAACACGGUGUUGCAGGAAGAGGCCUCCGGCUUUGUCAUCAUCACAGGCCAGGUGAUGGCGUUCCCUCCCGAGGCCCUUUGGGUAACCGUGGGGCUUUCUGUCUGCCUCCUGGGGCUGCUGGUGGCCCUCGCCUAUGUGUGCCGGAAGAAAAUAAAACAGAGCUGUGAGGAGGAGAAUGCUGGGGCUGAGGACCAGGAUGGAGACGGAGAAGGGUCCAAGACAGCUCUGCAGCCUCUGAAAAAUGUGGACAAUACAGAAGCAGAUGAAGGGCAAGAAAUCGCCUGACCUUGAAGGCUAGACGGUGUGUGUGUGUGGGGAGGCUCCUCCAGCCACGGACGCCUGCUCCGCCUCAGACACUGCAGGAAGCUGGGCCCACCCUCUGCCCGUGAGCCUCUGGGCUCCCCCGCAGACCCGCCACCUUGCUGCCUCUCUGCCCAGUGGGUACGAUACACAGUCAGCCUGCUGCCUUACUUCUCUGGUGGACACGACAAACAGACCAUCUCACUGCCUUAUUUCUCCAGAAAUGAUACAUAGACUGCCCCUCUGUCUUAUUUCUCCGGUGGACACGAUAAUAAUAGCUCCUAUUCCUGUAAGUGUUCUAAGGUUUACAAAGUACUUCCUUCCCAACAAGCCCCAGGAGGCUGCGCAAAGAUCACCCCCAUUUUAGAGCUGAGGAGCCCGAGGCUCAGAGAUGUCCUGCCGUCCACUCUCGUCCAGGGUCACAGAGACGCAUGGGGCUGCCUUGUUCCUCUGAGGGAUCCCGGCCGCCGCCGGCCCCUGCCUCCCUCCUCUCCCUCCAAGCCCUGGCUGUUACCUCCUCUGCCCUUCAGAUGCAGACAGGGCUUUGGGGGCUUUCUCUCGCUGUCACCACGGGGACUCCCACAGCACCCGCAGGCAGAGGCUUCAGGGCGUGCGCAUGUACCCACAGUGUGCACACACUCUGAGCUCCACAGCCUCCUCCCCCUUUGCACCCAUGUUUGUGUGUUCGUGGGAAGCGGCUCCAUCUAGGCCGCAGCGCACCAAAGAAGGAGGGAGCAGACAUCCUGCACACGUUCAGGCUCUGUCCCCACAGCCCCCAUUGGGAGCCGCCCGGACCCCUCCCCUCUGUUCCCAGAGUCCCACCCCACCGGGGAGCUGCGUGCUGGUCAUGCUGACUCUCUGGGAGCCGGGGGUCAGGCAGGGAAGUGACCCCGGAGAAAGCGCAGCCUGAGUGUUGGGGUGAGCCGAGGGACCGCCCUCCUGCCACCUCAACCAAUCCUGUGUACCCAGACCUCUGGCCUAAAGGCCCACAUUUUUCACGGUCUCCACACUCAUUCUCUGACUUCCCCCUCGCCCCCACGCUUUGGGGUCCACAUUUGGGCGUAUAGUUGAGCUAUGGGGCCGACUGGGAAACCAGCCAGGAAAGCUCCAAACCCUCUUCCCACGUUGGCAAUGCCAGUCUCGGGCAGCAGGUGUCAGCCACGGGCCUUGAGCCAGGAGCCACACCUCUGGCACAGCUCUCAGGCAGUGACGUCACUGGGGCAGAUUCUCCCUUGCCCGGGAGCUGAAGGUCAGUGCCUUGUGCCCCGGUGGAGCAGAGCCAACCCUGGCAGCACGGGCAUCUGGCCGGUCUGACUCUUCCUGUUUGCCUUAAGUACCCCGGGGCAGACUGGGCAGACAUUGCCCCCGUGGGGCUGGUGCUUCCCGGAGGAACAGCCACCAAUAGGUGGCACUCCUCCGGCCUCAGGCUCCCUCUUCCCUCAAAGGUUUUGCCUUCUGCCCAGGGGCAGCCGGAGGUCUGCCCUUUUCUCCAGUUGGGCAGGAUGAACCCCUGCUCAGGCCCAGCCCAGACGAGGGGAAGCGGGGGGCUUUCUAAUUUAAAUGCUGGAAUCUGGGACAUUUUGUACCUUGGUCAUGUGUUUUAGGAAAAAUAAAUGCUUUGUUUUUGUUGAAAGUUUGUCUAAUGUGUGGUUGGGGCAAUGAGGGUUUCCUUAUACCAGAAGUUCUUAAUCUCUAUGUGCCAUGGACCCCUGUGACAG